AUGGCUCAAUUUUAUUAUAAAAGAACUGUCAAUUCCCCGUAUCAAGAUCGGAUUCCAUUACGUAUUGUCCGUGCAGAAUCAGAGCUAUCCCCAUCAGAGAAGGCAUACCUAUGUGCUGUAGAGAAAGGCGACUACGCCAGCGUGAAGCAGGCACUUGAAGAAGCCGAAAUAUAUUUUAAAAUCAACAUUAACUGCAUUGAUCCUUUGGGAAGGACAGCGUUACUUAUUGCCAUUGAAAAUGAAAACCUGGAACUAAUUGAGUUACUCCUAAGUUUUAAUGUCUAUGUUGGUGAUGCAUUAUUACAUGCGAUACGCAAAGAAGUAGUUGGAGCUGUUGAACUACUAUUAAAUCACAAAAAGCCAAGUGGAGAAAAGCAGGUUCCACCAAUACUUCUAGACAAACAGUUCUCAGAAUUCACUCCAGACAUCACACCAAUUAUUCUGGCUGCUCAUACAAACAAUUAUGAAAUCAUAAAACAUUUAGUACAAAAAGGUGUUUCCAUACCAAGACCCCAUGAGGUUCGCUGUAACUGUGUUGAAUGCGUCUCAGGAUCAGAUGUAGAUAGCCUUCGGCAUUCUAGAUCACGGCUAAACAUCUAUAGAGCUUUAGCAAGCCCAUCGUUAAUUGCUUUGUCAAGUGAAGAUCCUUUUCUAACUGCAUUUCAACUGAGCUGGGAGCUACAAGAGUUAAGCAAAGUGGAAAAUGAAUUUAAAUCUGAAUAUGAGGAACUAUCAAGACAAUGUAAGCAAUUUGCAAAGGACCUUCUGGAUCAGACAAGGAGUUCUAGAGAGUUGGAAAUCAUUCUUAACUAUAGGGAUGAUGGUGGACUAUUAGAUGAACAGAAUGGCAAUGAUCUUGCCAGAUUAAAAUUGGCAAUAAAGUACCACCAGAAAGAGUUUGUUGCCCAGCCAAAUUGCCAGCAGUUGCUUGCUUCUCGUUGGUAUGAUGAAUUCCCUGGUUGGAGAAGACGCCACUGGGCAGUAAAGAUGCUGACAUGUGUGAUAGUAGGACUUCUUUUUCCGGUCUUCUCUAUACUCUACCUGGUAGCUCCUAAAAGCACCUUGGGAUUAUUUAUCAGGAAGCCAUUCAUCAAAUUCAUCUGCCAUACAGCAUCAUAUUUGACUUUUCUAUUCCUCCUUCUGCUUGCUUCACAACUUCCUAUCAAAAAAGAGCUUCAAGGACCUCCGCCAACUUGUGUCGAGUGGAUGAUAUUACCGUGGGUUUUGGGUUUUAUAUGGGGAGAAAUUAAACAGAUGUGGGAUGGAGGAUUUCAAGAUUACAUCCAUGACUGGUGGAAUUUAAUGGAUUUCGUGAUGAAUUCAUUGUAUUUAGCAACUAUUUCAUUAAAAAUUGUUGCAUUCUUAAAGUAUCAAGGACAACUGAGCCGAGCAGAAUGGGAGAUGUUUCAUCCUACACUGGUUGCUGAAGCAGUGUUUGCCAUUGCAAACAUCUUUAGUUCUUUACGUUUAAUCUCAUUAUUUACUGCUAACUCUCAUCUGGGUCCUCUCCAAAUCUCUUUGGGAAGAAUGCUGCUGGACAUUUUAAAGUUCCUUUUUAUAUACUGCCUUGUGCUAUUAGCAUUCGCAAAUGGAUUAAACCAGUUAUACUUUUAUUAUGAAACACAGGAAGACCAAGAAGCAGACAAAUGCAAAGGAAUCCGCUGUGAUAAACAAAAUAAUGCAUUCUCAACAUUAUUUGAAACAUUACAAUCACUAUUUUGGUCUAUUUUUGGACUAAUCAAUCUUUACGUUACAAAUGUAAAACCAAAACACGAGUUCACAGAAUUUGUUGGUGCCACCAUGUUUGGGACAUAUAAUGUUAUCUCUUUGGUGGUUCUUCUAAAUAUGCUAAUAGCUAUGAUGAACAACUCAUAUCAACUAAUUGCUGAUCAUGCAGACAUUGAAUGGAAAUUUGCCAGGACAAAGCUCUGGAUGAGUUACUUUGAAGAAGGAGGGACACUUCCUACCCCCUUUAAUAUAAUUCCAAGCCCAAAGUCUUUAUGGUAUUUCUUUGUGUGGAUAAAGAGACAAGUAUGUAAGAAGGAAAUUAAAAGAAAACCAGAAACCUUUGGUGCAAUAGGGAGGAGAGCAGCUGACAAUUUUAGAAGACAUAAUCAAUAUCAGGAGGUUAUGAGGAAUCUGGUAAAGCGAUAUGUUGCUGCUAUGAUCAGGGAUGCUAAAACAGAAGAAGGAUUAACAGAAGAGAAUUUUAAGGAGUUAAAGCAAGACAUAUCAAGUUUCCGCUUUGAGGUUUUGGGUUUACUGAAGGGAAAUAAAUUUAAUCUUCAACCUCCCAAAGUAAACAAUGGUGUAGCAGAUUUCUUUGAAACUGAAGAAAAGGAGAAAAGCAAAGAAAAAAGAAGCAGGACACAGAAAAAUCCAUUCAGCCUCUUUGAUAUAACCACUAUGAUUCAUCCAAAAACAGCAGAGAUAGCAUCUGAUAAAAAAAAUACUGUAAUCAAUGGGUCUGCCUUAUUGGCAUCUGAAAUUUCCAAGGAGAAACAGAAAAAGACUAAUUUUGGUCUAUUUCAUAGACAUUCAAAGACAAACUAUCCAGAACAUAAUUCCAAUAAAAUUUACUCUGUUUCAGAAGAAGUUACCAACCAAGAAACAAUUGAUCCAAAAGAAAAAACAUUUGAACUAAAAGUCAAAGAGCUUGAACCAAAUUGUGAACUAAACAUAAACACGCUUAAUGAACAAUGCACAUUAGAUCAAAAUAUACCGAAUACCUCUGAAUGUCUAGCUUUACUUGCUUCCAAUCGUUGUCAUAGUCUUACAGCAGAAGACAACACCAGUACAGAUAACAGAAUAUCUUCUUUGGACCAUGAUAUAUCUUUAGUUGGAAACAGCACAAAAGCAGAAUCUGAUAUUCAGGAAGAUACUGUAACAAGACUGUGAGAGCAAAAAAAAUAGACUUUAAAUAUUUCUGUAUAAAUAAAUCUAUAUUUUAAAUAGUGCAUUUUUUUGGAAUGUCUGAGGGUAUCUUUCCAAAGCCUGUUUAACAACAUGCAAUGAUAUAUAUUUGUUUAGUUUGUGAAGAAAGAGGAUGCACUAAGAAUAUAAUGUUUUAUAACCUGCAUUUAUUCACAAUUUAUUUUAACUUCAUGUCUUGAAAUCAUGUAUUUUUGCAAAUAAACCUAAUACAUACAUACAACUGC